AGGUGUAUAUAAAAUUUAAUUCUAACUGAGGUCUGAGAAGUCAGUCACUGUAUCUCUAGAGCCAAGCAAGAGCUGAAGUGCUUGUGACUGUUGUGCAUCCAGCUCCUGCAUUCACCAUCCCAAGAGUGCUGUAAGCAAGCCAGGGCCUCUCAGUGCACUUGCUGGUUCUGAUGCUGCUGCCUCUGUGUGGAGAGAAUGAGUGGGCAGCUCCUGGCAGCAGAAGGGGAGACAAGACCCUGGUGCAUCUGGGCUGAUUCUGAACAGAGCACAGUGUGGGCACUGCCCCUGUUCUGUGGUCGGAGCCACGCCAGCAGUGAGUGGCUCAUGAGUCUGUGUGCAGAUGGGCUGGUGGUGGCCUUGGGGGUAGCGGGCAGGGAAAAGGCUGGCAGGUGGACUUCUCCAGGGAGGUGAGAUGUGCAGAGAAAGUGAGGAAAUGAGUACCUCUAUUCAUGGCAAUUUGCUUAAGGAACCACAAAGAAUGGAAUUUGGAGAACAAGAAGGCAGUCAUGAAGCAAAGAGCUGCGUGAGUAGCAGGUUAGGUAUGAAGCAGUGUUCGGAUAGCCAGUGAAAAUGCAAGUGGUAAUACAGAUAAGAAAACAAAGAAAAUAGGAAAGCAUAAGGUAAAAAGAGGAGAGGAGGAGAAGAUUAAUCCUUGUCCUUAAUAAGUAGUAAACCAUAUGCUAUCUUUCACUGCAUAUUAAUGACCUGUUGUUAUUCUAAUGUGGGUAAAGUGAAUUAUGUCUUUAGCAGAUGGGAACUGGUUGAAUAAAAUAGAAAGUUGACUGCAGUUAUCAGUGCUCACAAAGGAAUUCUGAAAUUGGUAUGUUAACAUACAGUGCUGUUGUAGAUUGACAGUAGCAAAUUUGUCAGAUUGUUUUGUGCGUAUCAGUUUGGACAUGUUUGCUUUUGUUGUAGGAGGUAAAGACCCUUCUCUGGUGAGCAAAUGUUACUUCAGUUUGUGCUCACCAACUCAUCCCUGUUCUGUGGCUCUGCCAGGACACAGUUGGGCUCCUGUCUGUGUGCUUGUUUAAGUGCACUUCUGUGUGUGGUACUGCAUUUCUUGGUAAGGAUUAGUUUUGCCUUUCAGUUUUCAGCUUUGGUUUACUUGUAAUCAGCUGACAUUUCCAGUAUAUCUGCUUUCCUGUUAAAAGGGCAGUCCAAAAAUGCUAAUUAAGUCUCAUCAGGUGAAAGAAGAUUUGUGUGUUACUUUAUGCUGACUUGAUGGAACUGACAGAGGGGGAAACACCACUGUCUGUCAAUACAAGGACCAUAAGGUGAGGGAGAGGACUGCCGUGAGGAAGCAAAAAAACAACCAAAAAAAACCCCUUCCCCCCAACUUUCUGAACUUAAUUUUACCAACAAGUUCCCAAAAUGAAGUCAAUUCAUAGUCCAUAUGUGUAUAGAGUGAAACAUUAAUUAUGUGGAUAAUUGUGGAUGCAUCAAGCCAUACGUGUAUGAGACAAACAUAACCUCCUUGUUAGCGUCUUGUAGUUGGGCAUGACUACUGCCUUUGAAGUCAGACAUCACUUGUUGGAUUUCAGCUUGAUAAAAUACUCUGGAGGCUUGCUCCCUAAUGGGAGGGGUAGCUGCCGUAGCCAGUAGGGGCUGGAAGGAAAAACUGUGAGAGAAUCUGCUUGGGGUGUUUGUGCCACACUGCCCUGUGGGCAGGAGUCGGCAGCAGACGUCCAUCCAAGUUUCACCACAGUUAUGUUUAUUAAGGUACAAAAAUGUCUGAAUGGAUGUUCUGCUUCUGGCACUCUCUGAAAGGUUUGGGUGUGUUAAUACAGACUGUCUUUCAAAAGGUGCUGGUUGUGUUUCCAGAUCUGAUGUACCUUUUUUAAAGUACUGACUUGUAUUCUUCCUUAGCUAUACUUAUUUUUGUUGCCUUCCUGUCUGUGUGCUGAGACCAAAGCAUUCCCUGUGGGGAAGUGGAGAUGGCUGUGCUGGUCAGAGGAAAAUGCCCUUGGCAUUGCCAGCUGAACAUCUUCCUUGUGACUGUGGGGUUGUCACCUAGUUCCUGGGACAUGAGUGCUUCCAUGGCUUCCUGCUCAGGAUGGAUUUUUAUUGUUGUAUGUUCUGACUAGGAAAGAAGAACAAAUGUUUCACUAGUUGUUGAACCCAAUGCUGCGUGAUUUGGUUCUAACAUCUCUUCUACAAAGAGAAGCUCAGUCCCUGUCAAGAUACCAGUCACCUGCAUCUUUAAGCUUUCAGAUAAACUUCUGUGAAAAGGCACAAAGUAAACGCAAAGCGCUGAAGUUAAAUUUUGCAAAUCCACCUUUCAAGUCUACGGCAAGAUUUACUCUAAACACUUCAGGAGUUCCUUUCCAAAAUCCACACAUUGAUACACAAGCAACACUGGGUAGUAAUCACAUUGUCCCGUUCAGUUUCAAAAGGAGAGAAGCGGACCUCAUCCAGAAACUUUCCAGCAGGCUACAAGAGAGACUGAGAACACACAGCAUUGAAUCAUCAGGAAAAUUGAAGAUUUCCCCUGAACAGCAUUGGGAUUUUACAGCAGAGGACUUGAAAGACCUUGGAGAAAUUGGACGAGGCGCUUAUGGUUCUGUCAACAAAAUGGUCCACAAACCAAGUGGGCAAAUUAUGGCAGUUAAAAGAAUUCGGUCGACAGUGGAUGAAAAAGAACAGAAGCAGCUUCUGAUGGACCUUGAUGUAGUAAUGCGAAGCAGUGACUGCCCAUAUAUUGUUCAGUUUUAUGGUGCACUCUUCAGAGAGGGUGACUGUUGGAUCUGUAUGGAGCUCAUGUCUACCUCGUUUGAUAAGUUUUACAAAUAUGUAUAUAGUGUAUUAGAUGAUGUUAUUCCAGAAGAAAUCCUAGGCAAAAUCACUUUAGCUACUGUGAAAGCACUAAACCACUUAAAAGAAAACUUGAAAAUCAUUCACAGAGAUAUCAAACCUUCCAAUAUUCUUCUGGACAGAAAUGGAAAUAUUAAACUCUGUGACUUCGGCAUUAGUGGACAGCUUGUGGACUCCAUUGCCAAAACACGAGAUGCAGGGUGCCGGCCGUACAUGGCGCCGGAAAGGAUAGAUCCCAGUGCGUCCAGGCAAGGCUAUGAUGUCCGCUCAGAUGUCUGGAGCUUGGGGAUUACAUUGUAUGAGCUGGCCACAGGGCGAUUCCCAUACCCCAAGUGGAACAGUGUGUUUGACCAGUUGACGCAGGUAGUAAAAGGAGACCCACCACAGCUGAGUAACUCAGAGGAAAGGGAAUUCUCCCCAAGUUUCAUCAACUUCGUCAACUUGUGCCUUACAAAGGACGAGUCCAAAAGGCCAAAGUACAAAGAGCUUCUGAAACAUCCCUUCAUUCUGAUGUAUGAGGAACGCACAGUGGAUGUUGCAUGCUAUGUUUGUAAAAUCCUGGAUCAAAUGCCAGCAACUCCCAGCUCUCCAAUGUAUGUUGAUUGAUAUUGCUGCUACGUCAAACUCUAGAAAAAGGGCUGAGAGAAAACAAGCUGUAAAGAAUUUUCAUCACAUAUUGCAGUGUUUUUAAUGCUCGCCCAAACACCAUGUGCAAUAAUAUUGGUGUUAUUUCCAUCCUGUCUGUAUACUGUUGUCACAUAUAAAGUGCAUCCCUGUAAUAUCUGAUCACACAGUGUUAGUGUUGGUCAAAGAGAGACCUCAUCUGCUCUUUUGUGGACAUAUUCAUGAAAUGUGGAAAUAAGUACAUUUAUUUGUUGACUGUGAUUGGAUAGCACCUAAAAUUCAUUUCUAGACUCAAAACUUGGAGACUCCUCAGCAGCUACUGGAAAGAUUUUUCUCUCAAAUUCUUCCAAUUGUUGUUUCAAGUAAUAAUAAAAAGCAAACAAACAAAAGUUAGGCGUUGUCUGUCUGAACAUUAAGAGACUUUGCCUGGAGGGAGAAGAACUUGCUUAACCAACAAGAUGCUUUGCCUUCUGGAGCUAGAAAGGCAAAGGAGAAUUUUAUUCUUCACAAAGUGCAAUAGAUUUACUGCUAUGAAAUUCUGUUGCUUUACAGUCGCAGCGUACUUUCUGGGGACAGUGUGCUCAGCUGAACUUCCUGUUAAAAGAGAGAUCAUGUUAAAUAUAGUGAAUAUGUCUUUACCAAAAAUAUGUCGCAUUGAAAGAGGCUAACAUUAAACUAUUCAGAGAUGGGACAUAAUGUAUUCUUUCUCCUUUUACCAAGCCAGCCACUCUUCGCUCUUAACUAGGCAUCCUGUAAAUUGUUACCUGGUAAGAUAAGACCUUUGAUCUGAAGAAUUAUUAAACUACUCAAUUGAAUUUAA